AUGGAUUCAUGGCUUCUUGAGUUUCGAAUGAACACUAACAAAGUGAAUGAGGAAACAAAAAAAUUUAUGGAUCAAAUGAGCAAACUUAUCAAGACAUUGGACAUGAACUGCAAUCUUAUGUUUGAAAAUAGAAAAGAUUCGAUUACUGCACUUUAUAUGAACAGCAAUGGAUUAAAAGUCUUGUUGCAACAAACUGAUGGCGGUCUGUUUACAUUGGACAUUCACGCUACAACAAGAAGGAAUUCCUAUUUUAAAGAUCGUGUGAAUCAGUUAGAUGAAAAUAUUAGAAAAUUAGACUUUGCAGAAAUACCUAAAACACCUCGGUAUGAAAGUCUUCCUGCUUUGAAACGAGGCCGAGAGUUUUCUUGUUACGAUGUCUCCGAUGGAAUGAUCGGCGAAAAAGAUUUUGAUAAAGUAGUUCUCGAUGAAGUUACGUCAAGACAGAACAUUAGAAUUCUACACUCCGUCGCAUUUGGAAAUGUUUUUUAUUGUAACGGCGAUUUGAAUCUUGCUGAGUCUGACUAUGAAGGAUUUUCUCAUGCAAUGUCCGGAUUUGGGAAGGUCGAUUACGUCGAUAAAACUGUGCUUAUUCUUGGAGGAGGCGAUGCAUGCGUUCUGCGCAGAAUCAAGGAUCUCGGUCCGUCCAUGAUAACUGUCAUUGAUUAUGAUCAAAGGGCAAUCGACGUUACAAAGAUAUAUUUACCAACAAUUUGCGGCGAUGUUCUCAAUUCUAUGACGGGAAAAAAUUAUCGAAUUAUCAUUGGAGAUGCAGGAGAAUAUCUUGAAAAAGCUGUGAAAAAUAGGUUGAAAGUUGACAUUGUCAUAAAUGACAUAACAUGCAUUCCGGUUGUUUCAAAAAUUGAUGGAAGAGAGUGGGACUUUGUGAGAAAACUUUUAAAUCUUUCUAUGGGAGUUUUAAAGGAUGACGGUGUGUAUAUAACUCACGGAGUGUCACCCAGUCAUCUCCAAGCCCAAGAAUCAUUCGAAAAUGAAAUACACAAACUUGAUUACUCAGUUCAUUUCACCAAAGAAAUAGCUACAAUACCAUCAUAUCAAGAAAAUUGGCUAGUAUAUCUUAUCUGGAAACAAUUAAAAAAUGAGCACUCACAAUCAGAUACCCAGACAAACUCGAUUAAUAAAAUGUAA